UCCAAGUGGCAAAGGGAAGUUGGCAAAGAGAAGAGUGAAUUUACUGCCACAGUUGUCUCAGGCAAGAUCUAAGCCACCAUGGCAGCAGACUUGUCCUUUAUUCCAUAUGACUAAAGAACAAGAAGAUGACGAAUCAGAAGAGUUUACUGUAAAAAAUGAAUAUCCACCUGGAGAAUAUUUAAAGGCAAGAUACAAGAGACCCAAGAUACAGGAUUCUAGAGCUGAUGAAGCUGGACCAUCAAUUUCUAAAUUGCAGAGCAGCAGUCAUCUGAAAAAAAAGCAAGAACGUUUCAGAAGUGCUCUUGUUAACAUUAUAUUGCAGGAAGACCUUCCUGAAGAACCCCGUGAUGGAAUCCAGCCUCCAAUAUCAGAUUCUUCUACACCAAUAGAGAAAGAUAUCGUGAAAUACUACUAUUACAUUCGCCAUGGAAUUAAUACAAGAAAUGUAGUCCCACUGGAUGAAUCAUGGCUAGAUCACAUCUUAGCUUUAAUUCCGCAUCAUCUGAAAGUAUUUGAUGAACACGUACGUUCAUUGACAGAUGAAAUGAAAGAAGACUAUUUUCUGAGUGUAAAAAAGGCUAUAGUUGACUUUGUUUUAAGAGAUACCAGAGAGAAAGAAGACAAGAAGAAGGAUUCUCUUCUACCUCAUCGUGCAGAACUAGAAGUAGUGCCAAAACCUUGGAAUAAGUCUUUCACAUCAGCAUACAGUUACAUGAAAGAAAAUUUGCAUGCAAUAAAUCCUUCAAUGUUAGCUGUUCUGAACUUAUGGGAGACUUCAUUUAAAAAUUUACGCCUUCUUGAUACGGAAAUAUUUCACAAUAAAGAGGAAGCUGAGGAACUCUCAUUUUUCCAGAAUAAAGUCAUCCAGGAAAUGGGAAAAUCCAAAGCUGUUCUAUCUAGGAAGUGGCUUCCAGAAGUACAGAAAAUCUUUUACCAAGGUAAUAAAAGAAAACAAAUACCCAGCAAUACCAGCACUGCUAAAUUAGAGUCUUUCUUCAGUUGUGCUGCCACUUUAAUGACUCGUCAACUGCAACAUUUACUUGUACAUUCUAUUCAGGACUUUACAGAUUUAAUUGUUCAACCUGCAAUAAGUAUCUGAGCCUACAAACACCCAAGUUUCAUACUGAGGGUAACCCUUGAGAAUGACCGUAUUAAAUUUGAACCUGACUUUAACGACUAUGAGGAUAUAUUACUGAAUGUCUAUACUGUUAUGAUUAAUGCUGUCAGUGAUAUACCAAGAAUUGAGACCAAAUUAUUCUCUAAGUGCGAAAGUGAGUCUCCAUCAACUGUUUUGAAACCUGUUAUCCUAGAUGAGAUCUUGGACAAACAUAAGAAAAUGAUCAGAGAAGAAAUUAUCAAAGAAAGCAUUGCACCUGUCAAACACCUCAAGCUGUAUGAUAAGUAUAGCUUCCUGAUAAACAAACAAACUGAACAAGAUAUUGAUCAAUUCCUGACCGAGGAACAUACCUUUGAAGAAAUGAAAGGGGAAAUUAUAAAAUACCAGAAACUCAGUAAGGAAAUAAAAUAUACUUCUAGGAAGUAUCUCCGUCUAGGAAUGUUUGAGCUGCAUUGUGAUGAAUUAAUAAAUGCUUUGGUAAAGCAAGCAGAUAAUAUUUGUGAAAAAGUUAUUGCAAAAACGUUCAAAGAUCAUCAAGACAUAAGUGUGAGACUAUGUGAUGAGUUUGAGAGAAUAUCGGAAAAAGCCCUUACUACUCCAUCUAAUAUGCAGGAACUAAUGGAACUUAAGGCCUGUAUACGGAAAAUAGAAACACAAGACAUGAUUGAAUUGCAGCAGAAAUUAAUGAAUGCUGUAAAUUGUGUUGCUUUCCUGAUAGACGUCUGCUUUUCACUAGCAGACAUAGGACUGAACAAGAAUGUUUUUCAGUGGAAUGCACGAAUGCCAGAUAUCUUUGAAGAGCACAGAAAAAUAAUUGAAGAAAAGACAGAACAAUUUCAAGAUGGUCUUAAGAUAUGCCGUGAACAAUUUCUUGAGGAACUGAAAAGCUACUCUAAGCAGGUUGAAGAACUUAACACGUUUGGAGAUGUUCAAGAAGUCAACAAAUAUUUGAAGAAAGCUCAAGCAUUAAAUACAAAGUUGGAUCUUGCUGCUGAUAAGAUUGAACAGUUUAAUGCAGAAGAAAAUGCCUUUGGAUGGCCAGUAUCUCAGUACCCUCAGCAUAAAACAAUACGGAAUGCUCUUGUUCCGUAUCUUCGUCUGUAUGAUAUGACUGUUGAAUUCAACAGAAAACACAAAAACUGGAUAGAGGGAUCAUUUACGGAAGUGAAUCCAGACAAAGUAGAGGUAGAUGUAGGAAACUACUGGCAUGGACUGUAUAAACUAGAAAAAGCUUUCCACAAUUCUCCAAAUGCACUAGCAAUAACACAACAGGUUCAAUCAAAAGUAGAGGAAUUCAAAAGCCACAUUCCUCUAAUCCAGGUGAUUUGCAAUCCCGGUUUGCAAGAAAGGCACUGGGAAGAGAUGUCAAAAAUUGCUGGUUUACCUCUGUCUCCUUCUGAAGACUCAAAUCUUUUGUCAUACAUUAACUUGCACCUUGAACCGUUCCUAGAAAAGUUUGAGACCAUCAGUGAAACAGCCAGCAAAGAAUAUUCACUUGAGAAAGCUUUAACAAAAAUGAUUUCUGAAUGGGAUCAAAUGGAGUUCACUCUUCUUGCCUACAGAGAAACAGGAACCCAUAUUUUGUCGUCUAUAGACGAUAUUCAGAUGUUAUUGGAUGAUCACAUUGUCAAAACUCAGACCAUGAGAGGUUCUCCAUUCAUUAAGCAUUAUGAAAAAAGAAUAAGGGAAUGGGAAGGAAAGUUGUUGUUGGUACAGGAGAUCCUGGAUGAAUGGCUGAAGGUUCAAGCUGGUUGGCUUUAUUUGGAGCCAAUUUUCAGUUCUCCAGAUAUCAUGGCUCAGAUGCCUGAGGAAAGUAGACAAUUCACUACUGUGUUUAAAACAUGGAAAGACUUACUGAAAUCAACUUUUCAGGACAAACAUGUGCUGACAGUAGUAACAAUAGACAACAUGUUGGGAAAACUGAGAAAGUGCAAUGAAUUUCUGGAAGUCAUUCUCAAGGGACUUAACGAAUACCUAGAGAAGAAACGUCUGUUUUUUCCCAGAUUCUUUUUUUUAUCCAAUGAUGAACUCCUUGAGAUUCUUUCAGAGACCAAAGAUCCUACCCGAGUACAACCUCACCUGAAAGAGUGUUUUGAAGGAAUUGCAAGAGUAGAGUUUACUGAUGUACUAGAUAUUACACACAUUAAAAGUAGUGAAGGAGAGACUGUGGAACUCAUGCAGACAAUUUCAACAUCUGAAGCCAGAGGUCAAGUUGAAAAAUGGCUGGUUGAACUGGAGGCAACUAUGCUGAAUUCUGUCCACAAGGUCAUCGGGGAUGCAGUUGAAGCUUAUCCAAAAACUUCAUGUAUUCAUUGGGUACGAGAGUGGCCUGGACAAACAGUUCUUUGUGUAUCCCAAACGUUCUGGACAAUGCAGGUAGAGAUGUCUAUUAGAAACGGCCAAAAGGCACUAGAGGAUUUUCUGGAACAGAAUAAUAGACAGAUUGAGGACAUUGUCACCUUGGUGCGAGGAAAGCUGUCUAAGCAGAAUCGAGUGACAUUAGAAGCACUUGUUGUGCUUGAUGUUCAUGCUAGGGAUGUUCUUGCAUCUCUAGUAAGAAAGAAAGUCAAAGAUGAGAGUGACUUUGAAUGGUUAAGUCAGCUUAGAUACUACUGGGAGGAAAGACAUCUACAAACAAGGAUGAUCAAUGCUGGACUGAGGUAUGGAUAUGAAUAUCUAGGCAAUACACCUAGGCUGGUUAUUACUCCACUUACAGACAGAUGCUACAGAACAUUACUUGCUGCACUACACCUACAUCUUGGAGGUGCCCCUGGGGGUCCUGCUGGAACUGGAAAAACAGAAACUACGAAAGAUUUAGCAAAGGCUGUAGCUAAGCAGUGUGUGGUUUUCAAUUGUUCUGAUGGACUGGAUUACCUUGCAUUAGGAAAAUUUUUUAAGGGCUUGUUGUCUUGUGGAGCAUGGGCUUGCUUUGACGAAUUCAACAGGAUUGAUUUGGAAGUACUCUCAGUUGUUGCUCAGCAGAUUUUUACUAUCCAAAGAGGCAUUAAUUCAGGAUCUGAUUUAUUAGUAUUUGAAGGAACAGAACUGAAACUGAACCCUACGUGUGCUGCCUUCAUUACCAUGAAUCCUGGCUAUGCUGGGCCUUCAGAGCUUCCUGACAAUCUUAAGGCUCUCUUUAGAAUGGUAGCUAUGAUGGUUCCUGAUUAUGCCAUGAUUGCAGAGAUAGUUCUGUAUUCUUGUGGUUUUGUUACUGCUCGACCUCUAUCAGUAAAAAUUGUUGCUACGUACCGUCUGUGUUCAGAGCAGUUGUCUUCUCAGCACCAUUAUGAUUACGGAAUGAGAGCUGUGAAGUCAGUACUCACUGCUGCUGGUAACCUGAAGCUGAAAUAUCCAUUGGAGGAUGAAGAAAUUUUGCUACUUAGAUCCAUUACAGAUGUCAACCUGCCUAAAUUCUUGUCUCAUGAUUUACCACUUUUUGAGGGUAUUACCUCUGAUUUGUUUCCUGGUGUGAAGCUACCAAAACCAGACUACAAUGACCUAUUGGAAGCCAUCAAAACAAACUGUGCUGCUAUGAAUUUGCAAAUGACUGAUCUGUUUACUAUGAAGAUCUUGCAGAUUUAUGAGAUGAUGAUUGUGCGUCAUGGCUUUAUGAUAGUUGGAGAACCUUUUGGUGGAAAAACUUGUGCAUACCGAGUUCUGGCAGGAGCACUGGGAGACAUAUGUGAGAAGGGGCUGAUGGAAGAAAACAAAGUUCAGAUCACUGUUUUAAAUCCCAAAUCCAUAACAAUGGGUCAGCUAUAUGGACAAUUUGAUGCAGUUUCACAUGAAUGGUCAGAUGGCAUCCUAGCAGUGAGCUUCAGAGCAUUUGCUUCUUCCCCAACCCCAGAUAGGAAAUGGCUGAUUUUUGAUGGACCAGUGGAUGCAGUAUGGAUUGAGAAUAUGAAUACUGUGUUUGAUGAUAAUAAAAAGUUGUGCCUUAUGAGUGGAGAGAUCAUCCAAAUGUCACAGCAGAUGAGCCUUAUUUUUGAACCAAUGGAUUUAGAAGUUGCUUCUCCUGCUACUGUUUCAAGGUGUGGUAUGGUCUACAUGGAACCCCAUAUGUUAGGCUGGAGACCAUUAAUGAUGUCAUGGCUAAAUACAGUGCCUUCAGGAAUCAGCUCUACUCAUAAAGAAUUUAUAGUAGGCCUGUUUGACAGAAUGGCUCCACUCUAUCUUGAGUUUAUUAGGAAACACACAAAGGAACUGUCUCCUACUUCAGAUACAAACUUAAUUCGAUCACUAAUGAAUCUGAUGGACUGCAUGAUGGAUGAAUUUACUGAUGAAACCAAAAUUAAAGCUGUGAAUGACCAUGAUGUUUUUUCUUGGCUUGAGGAUAUUUUUUUAUUUUCACUGAUAUGGUCUGUAGGAGCUAGCUGUAAGGAGGAUGAUUGACUGAAAUUUGACAAAGUUGUGCGAGAAAUGCUUAAUGGACCAAUUAGUGAGGAGACAAGAGAACAAUAUAAAUUGUUGAGUAGUAUUGAUUGACAAGCUUCAAAGGCUUUCACUGUUCAAUUUCCAACAGAAGGAACAAUUUAUGAUUAUCGGUUUGUCAAAAAGGGAGCAGGAAUUUGGGAACCCUGGGUGGAAACACUCAAAUCAGCUGCUCCUAUACCUCAAGAUGUGAUGUUUAAUAAAAUAAUUGUACCAACUCUGGAUACAGUUCGAUAUAUGGCAUUGAUGGAAUUGUUGACAGUGCAUCAAAAACCUUCUAUAUUUGUGGGGCCAACAGGAACUGGAAAAAGUACCUAUAUUAGUAAUUUUCUUUUAAAUAAUUUGAAUAAAGAAGUCUACAAGCCACUGCUUAUUAACUUUUCAGCACAAACUACAGCAGCUCAGACUCAGAAUAUUAUGACGUCUAAGCUGGACAAAAGGAGAAAAGGAAUUUUUGGACCCCCUCUUGGGAAAAGAAUGGUUGUAUUUGUAGAUGAUGUUAACGUGCCAGCCUGAGAGGUCUAUGGUGCUCAACCGCCUGUUGAAUUACUAAGGCAGUGGUUAGAUCACUGGAAUUGGUAUGACCUUAAGGACUGCUCAAUGAUUAAACUUGUAGAUGUUCAAAUUGUGUGUGCAAUGGGGCCACCAGGUGGCGGCCGAAACCCAGUGACACCACGAUUCUUGUGACACUUCAAUAAAGUUACUAACGAGUUUGAUAAUGAAUCCAUGUACACAAUUUUUUCUAGAAUCUUAGACUGGCAUCUGACUAUAUGUUAUAGCUUUCCAUCACAAUAUGUAGAAUUGACUCCACAAAUUAUUAAUGGAACCAUGCAUAUGUAUAAAGAAGCUAUGAAGAAUCUGCUUCCUACUCCAGCCAAAUCACACUAUUUAUUCAAUCUCCGUGAUUUUUCACGUGUAAUUCAAGGUGUUUGCCUGUCGAGGCCUGAAACAACAGAAUCCACAGGAAUGAUGAAACGUCUUUGGGUUCAUGAGGUUCUUAGAGUGUAUUAUGAUCGCUUGGUGGAUAAUCCUGAUGGGGCUUGGCUUGUUGGAUUUAUCCAAGAAGUAGUGAAAGAUGAUUUACAUGAAGACUUUCACAAACUUUUCCAGAAUCUGGACUUCAAUAACGAUGGAAGAGUGGAAGAAGAUGACUUUAGCUUAAUGUUUUGUGAUUUUCAUGACCCUAAGAGAGAUGACACUAAAUACAGGGAGAUUAAUGAUGUGGAUCAGCUGAGAUUAGCUGUAGAGAGUCACCUCGAAGAGUUUAAUAACUUGAGCAGAAAACCAAUGCAGCUUGUCUUGUUCCAGUUCACUAUAGAACAUAUUUGUAGAAUUUCCCGCAUUCUGAAACAGCCUCGCAGCCAUGCCCUUCUUGUUGGUGUUGGAGGUAGCGGUCGACAAUCUCUUACUCGAUUAGCAGCCCAUAUGGCUGAGUACAACCUUUUUCAGGUUGAAAUAACUAAAAGUUAUGGUAUCAAUGAGUGGCACAGAGACUUAAAAGUCAUACUAAGAAAAUCUACUGAAGCAGAAAUGCAGGGAGUUUUCUUGUUCACAGAUACACAGAUAAAAAAGGAGUCAUUCUUAGAAGACAUUAACAACUUACUAUAUGCAGGUGAAGUGCCAAAUCUCUUUGCAGUAGAUGAGAAACAAGAAAUUUGUGAACAAAUGCAUCAAAUAGAUCGCUAGCGGGACAGGACAAAACAGACUGAUGGAAGUCCUAUAGCUCUUUUUAACUUGUUUGUUGAUCGCUGCUGAGAUCAGCUUCAUAUAGUAUUGGCAAUGAGUCCUAUUGGAGAUGCUUUCCGUAAUCGCCUUCGUAAAUUUCCAGCUCUUGUCAACUGCUGCACACUAGACUGGUUUCAGACAUGGCCUGAAGAUGCAUUAGAAGCAGUUGCCUCUUGCUUCUUGGAAGACGUCGAAAUGUCUGAAGAAACUCGAAGUGGGUGUAUUGAUAUGUGUAAAAGCUUUCAUACAUCUACCAUUGUUUUAUCUGACUUAUUCCAUGUGGAACUGCAAAGACACAACUAUGUUACACCUACUUCAUACUUGGAAUUGAUCUCCACUUUUAAAACUCUACUUGAAAAGAAGCGCACUAAGGUGAUGGAAAUGAAAAGAAGAUACGAAGUUGGCUUGGAGAAACUGAACUCUGCUGCAUCCCAGGUAGCCUUAAUGCAGUCUGAGCUGGAAGCUGUGCAACCUCAGUUACGGGAAGCUAGCAAGGAAGUUGAUGGGAUGAUGGUAGUUAUUCAAAAAGAGUCCCUGGAAGUAGCCAAAACUGAAAAAAUUGUGAAGGCUGAUGAAGCGGUGGCAAAUGAGCAAGCUAUGGCUGCCAAAGCCAUCAAAGAUGAUUGCAAUGCUGACUUAGCUCAAGCCAUGCCUUGUUUAGAAGCUGCUCUGGCUGCCCUUGACACUCUAACUGCACAGGAUAUUACAGUAGUUAAGUCCAAGAAGAGUCCUCCUGCUGGCGUCAAGCUUGUAAUGGAAGCUAUAUGCAUCCUUAAGGGAAUAAAGGCAGAUAGGAUUCCAGAUCCAACAGGUUCUGGAAGAAAAAUUGAGGAUUUCUGGGGUCCAGCUAAGAGACUUCUGGGUGACAUAAGAUUUCUUCAGUCUCUUCAUGAAUAUGACAAGGAUAACAUUCCCCCAGCUUACAUAGCUAUCAUAAGAAAAUAGUAUCUUACAAAUCCUGAGUUUGUACCAGACAAGAUUCGAAAUGCUUCCACAGCAGCAGAGGGUCUGUGCAAAUGGGUCAUAGCCAUGGAGUUUUAUGAUACAUAAGUAUUGACAAAAAAUGUUGCACCCAAAAAACUGAAGUUGAAUGAAGCUGAAGGAAAAUUAAAGAUUGCUAUGGAUGGCCUAAGAAAGAAACAAGCAGACCUGAAGGAAGUUCAAGAUAAAUUGGCUAUACUCCAACAGACUCUGGAAUCCAAGAAACGGGAGAAGGCUGACUUGGAAAAUCAGGUUGACUUAUGCUGCAAAAAACUACAGCGAGCAGAACAAUUGAUUGGAGGCCUUGGGGGUGAGAAAACUCGGUGGAAUGAGACUGCUUUGGAGCUGGCAAGGCAGUACAUCAAUUUGACUGGGGAUAUACUUAUUGCAUCAGGAAUUGUAGCUUACCUAGGAGCCUUUACAUCCAGCUACACAAAUAAUAUGCACAGUAAUUUUAUGCAAACUAAAGAAUGGACAUUAUUUUGUAAAGCAAAAGACAUUCCUUGUUCUGAUGAUUUUUCCUUAACAAAUAUCUUGGGAGAACCAGUGGAAAUCAGAGCUUGGAAUAUUGCUGGAUUACCCUCUGACACAUUUUCUAUUGAUAAUGGCAUCAUUAUCUCUAAUGCAAGAAGAUGGCCUCUAAUGAUAGAUCCUCAGGGUCAAGUAAAUAAAUGGAUAAAGAAUAUGGAAAAAGGCAAUAGCUUGCAUAUAAUCAAACUCAGCGACCCUCAAUUUGUUACAACACUGGAAAACUACAUUCAAUUUGGUAGUCCUGUGCUACUGGAGAAUAUUGGAGAAGAACUGGAUCCUAUCCUAGAGCCACUUUUGCUCAAACAGACAUUUAAGCAGUCAGGAAGUAUAUGCAUUUGCCUUGGAGACUCCACUAUUGAGUAUGCACCCGAAUUCCGCUUUUAUAUUACAACUAAGCUGAGUAAUCCACAUUAUCUUCCUGAAGUAUCUGUUAAGGUAACAUUAUUGAAUUUCAUGGUAACUUCAGAAGGACUGCAGGAUCAACUUCUUGGAAUUGUAGUUGCAAGAGAAAGGCCAGAUCUUGAAGUAGAAAAACAAGCUCUCAUCCUUCAAGGAGCUGAGAAUAAAAGGCAACUAAAAGAAAUAGAAGACAAGAUUUUAGAAGUUUCAGCUUCAGAAGGAAAUAUUUUGGAAGAUGAAACUGCUAUUAAGAUAUUGUCUUCUUCCAAAGUUCUGGCUAAUGAGAUUUCUGAAAAACAAGCGGUGGCUGAAGAAACAGAAAAGAAGAUUGAUGCUACUCGUAUGGGCUAUCGUCCUAUAGCUAUCCAUUCAUAUCUUUUUUUUUCUAUUGCUGAUCUAGCCAACAUUGAGCCUAUGUACCAAUAUUCUCUCAUGUGGUUUAUUAAGCUUUUCAUCAUGUCUAUAGAUAAUUCAGAGAAAUCAGAAGUUUUACAAACAAGGUUGAAGAUUCUCAAGGAUCAUUUUACUUACUCACUUUAUGUCAAUGUCUGUCGCUCACUGUUUGAAAAGGACAAGCUGCUCUUCUCUUUUUGUCUAACUGUGAAUCUUCUGAAAUAUGAAAAAUUGAUUAAUGAGAGUGAGUGGAAAUUUCUGUUGACUGGUGGGAUAGGUUUGGACAAUCCCUUCUCUAAUCCAUGCACCUGGCUUCCUCCACAAUCAUGGGAUGAAAUUUGUCGACUAGAAGACUUGCCACAAUUCACAAACAUUCGUGAGGAUUUUAUGCGACCUAAGGAUGGGUGGAAACUGGUAUAUGACAGCUUGGAUCCCCAGCAUGAGAAUUUUCCUGCAGAGUGGCAAGACAAACUGGGGGAGUUCCAAAGGAUGCUUAUCAUGCUGAGACCUGACAAGAUAAUACCAAUGGUGCAGGAAUUUAUCAUUAACAACCUGGGCCGUCCAUUUAUUGAUCCACCUCCAUUUGAUUUGUCAAAAGCAUUUUCUGACAGCCACUCUUGUGCACCACUGAUAUUUAUACUUUCUCCUGGUGCUGACCCCAUGGCAGCCCUUGUUAAGUUUGCUGAUGAUCAGGGAUACAGUGACACAAAGCUUAGUUCUCUGUCACUUGGUCAAGGCCAAGGCCCAAUAGCCAUGAAAAUGAUAGAGAAGGCUGUAAAGGAAGGAACGUGGAUAGUUCUGCAAAACUGCCAUCUAGCAAGCUCAUGGAUGCCAACACUGGACAGAGUCUGUGAGGAGCUACACCCUUAUACAACACAUCCAGAUUUCCGAAUUUGGCUCACCAGUUACCCAUCUCCCACUUUUCCUGUGGCUGUAAUGCAGAAUGGAGUGAAAAUGACUAAUGAAGCACCAAAAGGUUUACGGGCUAAUAUAAUUCGUUCAUACCUGAUGGACCCAGUAUCUGAUCCUAACUUUUUCAACAGCUGCAAAAAAAGGGCUGAGUUUAAGACAUUGCUCUAUGGCCUCUGCUUCUUCCACGCACUGGUGCAAGAAAGGCGGAAGUUUGGGCUGCUGGGUUGGAACAUUCCAUAUGACUUCAACGAGACUGAUCUGCGCAUCAUUGUUCAGCAGCUGCACAUCUUCCUUGACCAAUACAAGGAAGUGCCAUAUGAUGCCCUUCGCUAUAUGACUGGAGAAUGUAACUACAGUGGCAGAGUCUCUGAUGACUGGGAUCGGCGUACACUCCGUAGUGUUCUGAACAUGUUCUUCUCAUCGGAAAUCAUUGCAAACACAGAUUAUAAAUUUGAUUCAAGUGGCCUUUAUUUUGCUCCUCCCGAAGGAGAUUACCAAAGCUAUAUUGAAUAUACAAAGACACUUCCACUGAAUCCUUCCCCAGAGAUAUUUGGAAUGAAUGCAAAUGCUAAUAUCACCAAGGAUCAGUCAGAAACACAACUGUUAUUUGAUAACAUUCUUCUUACACAGUCUCAGGCGUCUGGUAGUGGUGCAAAAUCCACUGAGGAUGUUGUUCAUGAAGUCACAGGUGACAUCCUGAGCAGACUUCCUUCAGACUUUGACACUGAAGCAGCAAUGAGAAAAUAUCCAACCACUUACACUCAAAGCAUGAAUACUGUGCUUGUCCAAGAGAUGGGACGCUUUAACAAGCUACUGCAGACAAUACAUGACUCCUGUGUUAACAUCCAGAAAGCAAUAAAGGGGCUAGUCGUGAUGUCUGCUGAACUGGAAGAAGUGGUAAACAGCAUUUUGAAAGCCAAAAUUCCAGGCCUAUGGAUGAGUAAGUCUUACCCAAGCCUCAAGCCUCUGGGCAGCUAUGUGAAUGACUUCCUCAGUAGACUGAGGUUCCUACAGCUGUGCUAUGAAAAUGGUAUGCCACCCGUCUUCUGGAUUUCAGGAUUCUUCUUCCCUCAAGCAUUCUUAACAGGCGCCCAGCAAAACUAUGCCAGAAAAUACACUAUUCCAAUAGACCUACUAGAAUUUGACUAUGAGGUGCUGGAAGAUAAGGAGUAUGAAAUCCCUCCUGAAGAUGGUAAGGUCUACAUUCAGGGACUAUUCUUGGAUGGAGCAUGCUGGAACAGAGAAACUAAGAAGCUAGGAGAAUCCCUUCCGAAAAUCCUCUAUGACACAGUACCUGCGAUAUGGCUAAAGCCCUGUAAGAGAGCAGACAUUCCACAGCGACCCAGUUACGUGGCUCCAUUGUACAAUACCAGCGAGAGGAGAGGUGUCUUGUCAACUACUGGUCAUUCCACCAACUUUGUAAUUGCAAUGACCCUCCCUUCAGAUAAACCACAAGAACACUGGAUCAGACGGGGGGUGGCGCUAUUAUGUCAGCUUAAUUCAUAAACCUACCACAAUCUAUGGAGGUGCAUUUCCAGAUCACUUAUGAGGGAUGCAUGUCCAUUCUGAAAUGCCAUUUCCAAAGAGAA